AUGUCGUCGUCAUUCGAGCCGGUUGUUGUCAUCGACGGCAAGGGCCACUUGCUUGGCCGUCUUGCCAGCAUUGUCGCCAAGCAGCUCCUCAACGGCCAGAAGAUCGUUGUUGUCCGCUGCGAGGCUCUCAACAUCUCUGGCGAGUUCUUCCGCGCUAAGCUCAAGUACCACGCCUAUCUGCGAAAGAUGACCCGAUACAACCCCACCCGCGGUGGUCCCUUCCACUUCCGCGCUCCUUCCCGAAUCUUCUACAAGGCCGUCCGAGGCAUGAUCCCCCACAAGACUGCCCGAGGUGCUGCUGCUAUGGAGCGCCUCAAGGUCUUCGAGGGUGUCCCUCCCCCUUAUGACACCAAGAAGAAGAUGGUCGUUCCCCAGGCUCUGCGUGUCCUUCGCCUGCAGCCUGGCCGCAAGUACUGCACUGUCGGCCGUCUGAGCCACGAGGUUGGCUGGAAGUACCAGGAUGUUGUUGCUCGAUUGGAGGAGCGGAGAAAGGCAAAGGGCGCUGCCUACUACGAGCGCAAGAAGGUUGCUGCUCGACAACUGUCCGAUGCCAAGAAGAACGCCACUGUCAAGGCCGGGACGGCGAAGGCUCUUGCGGCCUAUGGCUACUAA